AUGCGUGCUAUGGAACGCCUCAACGACUUGUCUAUCUCCGGUCGGCGGACUAUCCAAUUCCCUCUUCCUAGCCAUCGGGCUACAUUCGGCGAGCCUGUUGUACGAGAAUCAAUCACUGUGCUUCACAAGUUCGCCAACCUUGCCGAGGUCGUGCAAACGCGCCCUCCCGUCAACGAAUCCAGCAUCACUCUAAGCGAAGUUGAUGAAAAGACCGACAAUACCAUUGAUAGUAGUAGCGACACUGCUUCUAUCGCCUCGACUAUAGUCGAUAAAGAGGAUUCCUUCGCCUUGGAUAGCAAUGACGACUCUCUCCCAUCAGACUAUGACGACAGCUCGAUUUCCUCAGACUACAAGCGCGGCUCAUUUAGUUCAGACCACAAAAGCAGCCAUUUCGACCCAGAAUGCAAGAACGAGUCCUUUGCCUCGGACUACAAGCACAGGUCCAUUGCCUCCACCAUCACUCCUUAUGACGACUACGAGAUCAACGAGCUCCCACCUCUUCCUUACUACGGAUGGCUCAGUGCCCGCAACAACUACCGCCUACAUGAAGUCUACUACAAGUGGUUCUCGGUAUAUCGCCAGAUAUUCAUGGUGCUCUUCGCUUUCAACUUGCUGGGCCUUUGCCUCUUCUGGGCCUUCCAGAGCUGUGUUAACACUGGCAAGGACGUCUCCGACCCUCGCAAUCUGGCAUCUUACCAACAGCUGACAGCUGUGGCCGCUAACCUUCUGGUCUCCAUUGCCUUUCGCAAUGAGCACGUUGUCAACGUUCUUUUCGAUACCGUUAGGUCUCUUCCCCUUUGGCUACCACUUAAUAUACGGUGCGCCGCCGCCAAGAUUUACCACUACGGUGGCGUGCACAGCAGCUGUGCAGUCGCUGCGACCAUGUGGUACCUUGUGUACGCUAUCACCCUCACGGCGGAGUUCACAAGAGGGGAGCAGAAGAGCGUGAUGGUAGGCCUGGCCUGGUCAGUCCUGACACUCAUGAUGCUCAUCCUUGUCCUUGCCUACCCGACCAUAAGGAACAAGUACCACAAUUACUUUGAAUGCGUCCAUCGCUUUGUCGGAUGGACUUCAAUGGGUUUGUUUUGGGCUCAAAUGAUGGUCGGCAUAGUCCUUGUGGCAAAGGCCACCGAUAGGAGUACCAGCAGCGUUCUUGUCCGCACUCCGUGCUUUUGGAUUCUUGUCCUUGCUACGGUUCUCAUCAUCUACCCGUGGCUUAACCUCCGUCGCCGCAAGAUCGAAGCCGAGCCUCUCUCCGCGCAUGCUAUUCGCCUCCAUUUCGACUAUGGCAACUUCCGUCUAUGCUCUGGAAUUCGUCUUACCGACAGACCGCUCCUCGAGACCCAUUCCUUUGCCACCAUUCCCAGGAGCGAUGGCAAGCCGGGCUUUGAGGUUAUCAUCUCAAAGGCCGGAGACUGGACGGCUAAGAUAAUCAAGAACCCUCCGACAGCCAUCUGGGUUCGCGGUGUUCCCAUCAGGGGCGUCCUGGGCAUUGCUCAGAUUUUCAGCCCUGUCGUCAUUGUAUGCACAGGCUCUGGAAUCGGACCUUGUCUCUCGUUCCUUCGUGGCAAACCCAACCACAACUUCCAUCUGGUGUGGGGUACACGCGACCCGGAAAGGACAUAUCAGCCACCUACACUUGAUGAAGUCUUCCAGCAUGACCCCCAGGCCGUCAUCUUGGACAGCACCAAGAUCGGUCGGCGUCCAGACAUGACCCUCGAAGCGUACAAGGCUUAUAAGAGGUUCAAUGCCCAAGCUAUUGUCGUCAUAUCAAACCCGAAGGGCACGAAAGACAUCGUCUUCGAUAUGGAAGCUCGUGGCAUCCCCGCUUUCGGACCUAUCUGGGACUCUUGA